UGUUGCUGCUGCUCGUGGACCCUUUCCCCUUCUUUCCUCCGUCGUUCGGUCGGGCCUUUCCCAUGGACUGCGCCGGUGGAAGUUGAGCGGGGCCGCCUGUGGCGCUGACGGGGAGCUGCUUCUUCCUCACCGUGCAGCGCAGAUUUCCCUGCGAGCCAACCAUAACGAUGAGCCCUUCGCAAUGGGACUUUCCUGUGGAACUGUGCUGCCGUCCUAUGGCCUUCGUUACACUCACGGGUUUGGAUGUAGUGUAUAAUGCUGUUCAUCGGGCAGUUUGGGACGCCUUUUGUGCAAACAGGAGAGCGGACAGAGUACCAAUUUCUUUCAAAGUACUCCCUGGGGAUCAUGAAUAUCCUAAAUGUAGGACAAAGAGAACAACAUAUGAAUGGUACAUUCCAAAAGGAAUCUUGAAGACUGGCUGGAUGAACAAACAUCUGAACUUGGUGCCUGCACUUGUUGUGGUGUUUUAUGAACUGGACUGGGAUGAGCCACAGUGGAAAGAAAAACAGUCAGAGUGUGCUACUAGAGUUGAAAUUGUCAGGCAGAGUUUGCAGGGAAGAAACACAAAAGUUGCUGUGGUUUUGAUUCAGAAGAAAACACCAUUACCUCCAGGAGAAGAUGUUAUUGCUUCUGAAAGGGCAGCGGCUUUAUGCAAUGCUUGUGACCUCUCUGGAAAGUCACUGUUCGUUUUGCCACAUACUGAUCACCUUGUAGGUUAUAUUAUAAGGUUAGAGAAUGCUUUCUAUGAACACGCACAGACAUACUACUAUACAGAAAUCCGCAGAGUGAAAUCUCAUAAAGAAUACCUGAACAAAACAACACAUCAGCUUCUGUUUGUUAGACACCAGUUCAAAAUAGGAUUCUUCAGUGAAUUGAAGCAAGACACACAGAAUGCUCUAAAAAAUUACAGAACUGCAUAUAAUCUUGUACAUGAACUGAGAGCUCAUGAAACAAACAUAUUGGAAAUCAAGACUAUGGCAGGAUUUAUAAACUACAAGAUUUGUCGCCUUUGUUUUCAACAUAAUACACCGCUGGAUGCAAUUGCACAGUUCAGAAAACACAUAGAUUUGUGCAAGAAAAAAAUUGGGAGUGCUGAAUUGGCUUUUGAGCAUGCUGCCUGGAUGUCAAAACAAUUCCAAGCUUUUGGAGAUUUGUUCGAUGAAGCUAUUAAACUAGGACUGACAGCUAUUCAAACUCAGAAUCCUGGUUUCUAUUACCAGCAGGCAGCAUACUAUGCACAAGAACGGAAGCAAUUGGCCAGUAAUCUCUGUAAUCAUGAGUCUUCCGUAAUAUAUCCCAAUCCAGAUCCACUGGAAACUCAAACUGGAAUGCUUGACUUCUACGGACAAAGACCAUGGAGGCAGGGAAUACUAAGCUUUGAUCUCAAUGAUCCCGAAAAGGAGAAAGUGGGAAUUUUGGCACUGCAACUGAAAGAGAGAAAGGUUCUUCACUCUGAGCUAAUAAUCACCUUGCUGAGUAAUGCAGUUGCCCAAUUCAAGAAGUACAAAUGUCCAAGAAUGAAAAGUCACUUGAUGGUUCAGAUGGGUGAAGAGUAUUACGAUACUAAAGAUUACACCAAAGCUUUGAAGCUGCUAGAUUAUGUUUUAUGUGACUAUCGUAGUGAAGGAUGGUGGACUCUUCUUACUUCUAUACUGACCACAGCUCUUAAAUGUUCCUAUCUCAUGGCGCAAAUAAAAGAUUACCUUACAUACUCACUAGAGCUGCUGGGAAGGGCGUCUACUUUGAAAGAAGAUCAAAAAUCUCGGAUAGAAAAGAAUCUGAUCAAAGUUCUCAUGAAUGAGAAUCCAGAUCCAGAACCUGAAUGUGAUACUGCUUCUGUGAAAGCUGCCCAGAAGUUAUGGACUGACCGAGUUUCUCUGGCAGGAAGUAACAUCUUUACAAUAGAAGUGCAAGACUUUAUUCCAUUUGUGCAGUGCAAAGCCAAGUUUCUUGCUCCAAGUUUUCAUGUUGAUACACCAGUUCAGUUUGACAUAUGCUUGAAAGCUGAUUGUCCACAUCCUAUCCGGUUUUCUAAGCUGUGUGUUAGCUUCAAUAAUCAGGAAUACAACCAAUAUUGUGUGGUGGAAGAAGCCUAUCAAAAAAGUGACAUGGAACCACCCAGCCCUGGGACAUUGUGUCUUAUCCCUGGUAAUACAAAGAAGUUCACUUUCAAAUUUGUGGCAAAGACUGAGGAUGUGGGAAAGAAGAUUGAGAUCACAUCAGUGGAUUUGAUUCUGGGUGGUGAGAACGGCCGGUGUUUGAUUUUGAACUGGCAUGGAGGAGGGGGAGAUGCUGCUUCUUCUCAAGAAGCAUUGCUUGCAGCUCGUUCCUUCAAAAGGCGACCUAAACUUCCAGAUAAUGAGGUUCAUUGGGAUAGCCUUGCAGUUCAGACGAGCACCAUGGUCAUUUCCAGAGUACCAAACAUUUCUGUACAGCUAAGUCACGAACCUCCUGCCCUGACAAAUGAAAUGUACUGUUUGGUUGUGACAAUUCAGUCACACGAGAAGACUGUUGCCAAAGAUGUAAAGCUCACAGCAGGCUUAAAACCAGGCCAAGAUGCAAACCUGACUCAAAAAACUCAUGUGACUCUAAAUGGAACAGAAAUGUGUGAUGAUUCCUAUCCUGCUUUACUUACUGAUAUCCCUGUAGGAGACUUGCAACCAGGUGAAAAGCUGGAGAAGACCUUAUAUAUUCACUGUGGAACAGUUGGUGCUAGGAUGUUUCUUGUAUAUGUUUCCUACCUAGUGAGUGCGACCAUUGAGGGAAAAGAGAUUAUCUGCAAAUGUCACAGGGAUGAAACAGUUACUGUGGAGACGGUAUUUCCAUUUGAGGUAGCUGUUAAGUUUGUCUCAAAUAAGUUUGAGCAUUUAGAUAAAGUAUUUUUGGACAUCCCAUUUUUGCUGAUGACAGACAUCCUCAGUGCUUCUCCUUGGGCCCUCACUAUUGUAACCAGCCAACUGCAGCUUUCUCCUUCCAUGAUGCCUAUGGAUCAUCUAGAAUCUUACGUGGAGAAUGUUGUUUUACAGACAGGUGAAAGUGCUAGUGAAUGUUUUUGUCUUCGUUGUCCAUCAGUUCCUACUGGUCAAAGUGGAGUGGCUACUGGAAGUUAUGUAAUUUCCUGGAAAAGGCGCACAGCUGAGAAGAGCAUACCUGUUGUUAAUACUGUGAUCACACUCCCCCACGUUAUUGCAGAAAGUAUCCCACUCCAUGUUAACGCAGAUUUGCCCUCGUUUGGUCGAGUCAGAGAAUCCUUACCUGUAAAAUAUCACCUGCAAAAUAAGACCAAUAUUGUUCAAGAUGUGGAAGUGUUAGUGGAACCUAGUGAAGCCUUCAUGUUUUCUGGCCUUAAGCAGAUAAGAUUGCGAAUCCUUCCUGGUACCGAACAGGAAAUGUUAUACAACUUCUAUCCUCUCAUGGCUGGAUAUCAACAGCUGCCAUCACUUAAUAUCAACCUGCUACGGUUUCCAAAUUUCACCAACCAGCUGCUUAGAAGAUUUAUACCAACACACAUAUUUGUAAAGCCACAGGGCCGUCAACCAGAUGAUGCUUCUAUUGCUGCUGCGUAACUCUGGAUUCAUGCACUUAAGGGGGAGAGUUUUGCACAUACUUUAUAGAACUCUGCUUUUUCCAAACUAAUUUUGCUCAGUCUACAAAUGAAAAACUUAGGAGCCAAAACAACUGCCUAAAGUCUUAAUUAAGUCUCUUUAUGGACUUGAUUUGAACAAAUAAUAUAUGGGGGAAAGUCAGUGUUCUAAUUUUGCGUGUGCGGGUUUUUUCUUUGACUUCACUGAAAUGGAAGUGCUAUUUAUUAUGUAUAUGGAAUAUUUUGGCAAUAUGAAUGACGUUUACUUGGCUAAAAAGAAAAAAAAUUAUUCUGCCUUCAGUAGCCAGUCUUGAGGUGCAACGCCUGUGGUGUUUGCUAUGAUAACUGAUUCCACCACUGGCCCUCAAUUCCUAUAGCAUUUAAGUCUCCCUUGCUUUUAGAACCUCCUUUUUGUGCCCUUCUGUAUUUUGAGUAAAGAACAGGAUUCACUUCAUAUGCUUAUUGUCUUAUUAGGCACUAGCUACUUGAUGCAUGAUUGAUAAUUCGAAAUACUCCAUGAAUAAGUGUCAUUUUGUGCUUGCAUCUGGUGAUAAUUGAGAGUUGCUGGCUAUUAUUAGUGCUGUGCAAACCGCUGGGAAGCUGUUUUGGGGGUCUUUUCUCAUGAAGAGGCAAUGAUACCAAUAUUGAGAAGCUGAUAGUUCCUAAUGGCAACUUUGCCACGGAACAACCCUUGGCUUUUUCAAGCAGCUCUUCAGCAUCCUUUGACUGUCAUUUACUAUGGGAGAAGAGAAACCCUAAAUACAAAAAUACUACAAAAUGAUAUGGCUGGAUUUUGUUAUCAAGGAGCCAAAUGCAUCUUAAAUGCUUGGCCACCCUUGCAAAACCAUCCUAUUGUUAUGGUGGGCCUUUUGGGAGAAGCUGAAACAUUUGGCUAAUGUGAGAAGCAAUAUUCUUAAUUUUAGCAGUUCAGAGCCAGGUCUGCUACCAUAGACUGGCUUAAAAAUGCUUUCUACUGUAAACCCUACUGGGAGCCAUUUUGUGGGAAAAGGCCUUUACACUGCAGCAGUAUCAUCCAGUCUUCAGACUUUUAUCCAGUCAAUCUCUAUCAGGGUUCUCUCUCCAUGCAGAAUGUCAAUUAGUUAACAGAAAUUCAUCCUAUCAAUGUUCAUGUGAGCUGGUCACAGUAAAUCAUGUAAAUAAAAGUGUUUCGUGAUUU